UAAAAAUUCAUACAAAUAGACGAAAUGUACCACGAAUGGUUGAUUUUUUUUUGUUAUUGAGGAAGAAAUUACCAAAUUUGUGUGAACUGAUGUUUCUACGUAAAAACAACCUAUUUUAUUACAUAAUGGAUUCAGACAGAUAAUGUCGUUGCUAGCACAUCUGAUAUCCUUCAUGAAUGAUUUCUGCGGAAGAAUUUUGGAUAAACAACGUUUCAUUGCUAAAGUAAUCAACGUAAAGAAAGACAGAUACUGUUCUUGAGUUCGUCAUCAAUAAGAUAAUACGAUUUGUUGUGAUUACUCUACUUUUAAGGUGCGUGACUUCUCAGACACAAAAUGCGAAUAUUGCCUCGUGGUAGGAGAAAAGAAACGUUGAUCCUGUUUUUGAGUACAUGUAGUGUAUUAGGUUUUAUAAAACUAAACAGUGUUAUGGAUGGAUACCAACAUACGUCUUUAAACUUUGCAGGUGAAACUAAAGCUGUCUUGCUGAAUAAGAAUUACACAGCUAUAGUUAUUCAGAACAGUACCAAAAGAAUAAAAACAAGUGUAAAUGUUACCAGUCAAAGUACAACAAGCAAAGCACUGUUACAAUUGGUUACAAAAUCGCCUCAUUCGGAAACAUUGAAAACAACUAUGCUGACUCCGGGAUCCACAGAGUUCACGUUAAAUUUCAGUGUAAGUGCAUCAUUACAGUAUGGUCAUUUCAGACCACAAAAAGGUUUCCUUACGAUUGCUAUCCCAUCAGUAAAAAGAGAAAGAUAUAACUACAUCGAUAAAACGAUCGACUCGUUAUUAGCGAAUUCGUCACCAAAAGAUAAGGAAACGGUUACUAUAGUGAUAAUGUUUAACGAUGAUGAUACUGAAUGGAACAAUGAACGAGCAUUAAACGUUUCAGUAACGUAUGAUGAAUACAUACAAUCUGGUCAUAUUCAGGUCAUAACUUUACCGCCACAACAGUAUCCGGAUUUCCAGGUAAUGCCAACGACGUAUAACGAUAGCGUCGAACGUCUAAAGUGGAGAAGUAAACAAAAUAUUCACUAUGCCUUUUUAUUCAAAUAUUGUCAUAAUAUCUCAGACUUUUACAUGCAUUUAGAAGAUGAUGUUGUUGCAGCCAAAAAUUAUAUUCAAGACAUUAGGAAAUAUAAACGAAUUUUUAUGAACAAUUGGUUUUUAAUUAGAUUUUCAAAUAUGGGAUUUAUCGGAAUAUUUUUUAAAUCAUCUAACUUAUUGACAAUUUCUGAUUUCUUUCUAUUGUUUUAUGCCGUACAACCUUGUGAUUUUUUAAUGAACAUAAUUGCAAAAAUAAAACUGCAAGAAAAAGAAAUACGAUAUCGUCCAAGUUUGUUUCAACAUCAUGGUAUAAUCUCAUCUCUAAAGAAUAAAAAGCAGCUCAUAGUAGACCGUUAUUUCAAAGGAUCAAAAAUAACAAGACGCAAAAAAUUUUACAAUUUAAAUCCACCAGCUGAGGUGGACACGACGAUGGUAGUAUACGAGACAUAUACAGCUGAUAAAGCUUAUCUUAUAAAUGAUAAAUACUUUUGGGCAGUAAGUCCUCAAAAAGGACAAACAUAUACAGUCGUGCUGAAGGAGCAACAAACUUUAAAGGCUCUCGUUAUCGUUGGAGCCUAUCCAACAAAAAAGGCAGAUUAUAUUCAAAAUGGAGAAGUGCAGAUAUCUUCAUCCCAGCACUGUUCUGAUUGGAUAAAGCUUGGAGAGUUGACAAAAGGAUCGUUUGAUAGUGCAAAGGUCAAAAAUCCGGACAUUCCAGUUAUGUUGAGGAACAUAACGUGUAUUCAAAUCGAGGUCACAAAAUCGCAGAAUGAAUGGGCCAUUAUAAGUGAACUAGCAUUGAAACUAGACGAAUAGACGACGUAAAUAUGAAUAAAAAUAAACAAUUGUUUUAAUUUCUUAUGACAUUUACGAUAUCAAUUUUUCAGUUUUAUGAAAAUUAAAAUUGCCCCUGCUGGU